AUGCGUUUUGGAAAUCCAGAAUUAUGGAAAUCGCUCAGCUUCUUCGAUCGCUUCCUGGCCGUCUUCGUAUUUCUGGCGAUGGUGUUAGGGAUCUUAAUUGGUAACUUUGCCAAUGAACAAGUCCAAAGACAUUUGAAUGGAGGGGCUAAAUGGGGGAAUGUUUCGAUCCCUCUUCUCAUUGGCCUACUUAUUAUGAUCUGGCCUCCGCUGUCCAAAGUCGAAUGGGAGUGCCUUCCAAGGUUACUCAAAUCCCGCGACCUCUGGGUACAUCUCACUGUCUCCUUCGUCUUGAAUUGGCUGGUCUCUCCAUUUAUCAUGCUAAGCCUGGCUUGGGUCACACUUCCAGAGAGCGCACUUGAGCGUGAACGCGUUGGGGUCGUGCUUGUUGGUGUAGCCCGCUGUGUAGCCAUGGUUUUAGUCUGGAAUGGAAUCGCCCAGGGUGAUCGUGACUAUUGCGCGAUUUUAGUAGUAUCUAAUUCCAUCCUUCAGAUGGUCUUGUUUGCACCUUACGCAUUGCUGUUUGCCAAUAUCCUGUGUCGCUCGCCCACCUUGACAACACCUACAUUACACCUGGACUAUGGUAACGUAGCGCAGUCUGUCGGUAUUUACCUGGGAAUCCCCCUGGUAGCUGGGGGCUUGACUCGCUGGAUCGUAUGCACUUGUCUACUACCAAGUCGUCGAGCGAAAUUCUACCACAUCUGGGGCCAUGUCUCUGGUAUCGGAUUACUGUAUGUAAUCACUGUGCUUUUUGCAAACCAAGGCAAACAUAUCAUCACACAUAUUGGACGUAUCUUCAGGAUCUGCGUUCCUCUGCUUUUAUACUUUAUCAUUGUUUGGUCAAUCACCUUUUUUACAUUUUGGAGAAUUCGGACUACGUCAUGGGGAAGAACCUACUCCAGCUACGAGAAGGCCGUCACGCAGGCUUUCACAGCGGGUUCCAACAACUUUGAGUUGGCAAUUGCGGUUGCUGUGGCUAGUUUUGGAGCCGAUGCGCCCGAGGUUCUGGCAGCAACUAUGGGUCCUUUAGUAGAAGUCCCAGUUCUGCUUUUGUUAUCCUAUCUCGCACUUUAUCUACGGGAUCGAUUGAAUUGGUCCACUAAGUCAAAGACUGGAUCGGAUUUGUAG